UUGAAGAUCUACGAAAAAUACAAAUUUUAGUUUCUAAUCAAAAUCAACUCAAUUUGGUAUUGGUGGAUUUUGGUACAUAUAAUAUCAAUUACUGAAAUCUUACCUUGUAGCUUCUAUAGAAAGCAAAAAGAAAUAUGUAACGUUUAUCAUUAUUUGCCUUUACAGUACUUCGAUAACAGGAAAAAAAACUAAUUAAGUUCUCACAUUAUGUAUAAAAGGAGUGAGAAGCUCUUAAGUCGAAGUUUUGGAUGUGGAACAUUUUUUAUGUAUUCAAAAUUAUAUUACAACAGUUUAUCCAAUGGGCCACUGUCUCAGCUGUUUCAAAUCUCAAGCUAAUGCUGAAAUAAGAAGUAUCACAGGACCCCACGCAAAAAAUGAUGAGGUGACAGAUAUAUCUGUUUCUGUGUCAGUUUAUCCUCAAGUGGAGCCCCUUUUAAGUACUAGUGAAAAUAAUUUGAAUACAAACAUGAAUAACUUGAAAGUAUUGAACUCUUUUGGUGAACAAAGUUCAUGUGAUCCAUUAAAUGUGCAGAAAAACUUAGUUUGUGAAAAAACUCCUAAACUAUUCAACCCAAAGUUACCAUCAAUUCCACGGACAAUGUCAUCACUAGGAUCAAGUGAGAAGAUAUCAGAAACCAAAAUAAAUAUGUUAUUUAACCAAUAUAAAGAUUCUAUAGAAGACGCUAUCUUAGCAGAAGGCAUUGAAAAUCUAUGUAAUGACCUUAAUUUAAGUCCUGAUGAUUUUAAAGUUUUAAUAUUGGCAUGGAAGUUAAAUGCUAGUCAAAUGUGUAGAUUUACAAAGUCCGAGUUUGUUCAAGGCUUAAAAAAUAUGAAAACUGAUUCAAUUAAAGGUAUACAGCACAAAUUAGGUGACAUAUCUGUUGAAAUGCAAAGAGAACCAGAGCAAUUUAAGGAUUUGUAUAGAUUUACCUUUAAGUUUGGACUAGAUGUUAGUUCUGGACAAAGAAUCUUACCUUCAGAUAUAGCUAUUGUUUUGUGGCGCCUAGUUUUCACAAAUAAUGAGCCUCCAAUCUUGGAUCGAUGGCUAAAUUACCUUGAGAAGAACCCACAAAUCAGAGGCAUUCCAAAAGAUACAUGGUACAUGUUUUUAAAUUUUUGUGAGUUUGUUGGAAAUGAUCUCAGCAGCUAUGAUGACACGGAAGCAUGGCCCAGUUUAUUUGAUGAUUUCGUUGAAUAUGAAAAUGAUCAAGUUAAUCAAAAUGUAACCAAAAGCAGCAUAAAAAUUCAGGAUUAAAGGUCUGUCAAAUCCAGCAUUAGGUACUUUGUAGGUUGGUACUUAAGUAUGAUAUUGAGACUGAUGAAAGAAUAUUUGUUCAAUAUUGGUAGUUAGCCUUAUUUCACUAAAUUAGUAGAUUAUAAAUGUGAAUUUAAUAUUAAGUAUGUCUGGAUUAAAGACUGAAUGAUGUUUGAUGAAGGAAGUUAUUGUGAAUAUAAAAAAGCUCUAUGUUGAUUUAUUCUUAAUGUAUUGUAUUCUCAAUGUGUUUAUUUUAGUCUUAAUCUAUAUUAAAUUAAUAUAACGGGAGUUAGUACAAUUUAGCUUCAUUUUUCAGUGUAAAUUUCACCCGAGCUAUGACUAUCACUGAGUUUAUCUCAACACUUGCUAUGUUGUAAUUCAAUAGUACUGUGAAUGAUUGCUUUAUUAGAAGAUCAACAUGUUAUAAACUCAGUUUUUGUCGUAAUUUGGACACAUGUCUACAAAUUUUAUUGUGCAUAUCUUGAAAUUAAAUUACAAUUGCACACUUUCUAAUAAUUAGUUAUUGCAGAUCUUCCUUCUAGAAAUAAUUGUACAUAAGGGAAGAUAUCGAAAAUCAUAAAGGUUUUUGAGUCUUUUAAUUUAGCACAGGUUCAAGUACACAAUAAAAUAUUUAAUAAACUUAGUAUUAAUUUCAUUUUAUGAAAAUCUGGAGUACAUAGCAGAUUGGUUUGAUAACAAUUUAAAAUUGAAAAUAAAUUGAAUGAUUCCGAAUUUCCUUCCCUCUUAUAAAUAAUCUGCAUAUCAAUAAGACAUAAUAUGUAGUCCAUAUGACUGUUCUAGCGAGAAUUUGAAUGUUUAAG